AUGACUUCAAAAGAAAUGACAUUUGAUGAUAGAGAUACUUACAAACUAAUACAUGCCAUUAUUCGAUGGCUUUCCGAAUUCCCUAAAAGUGUAAUAUCCACCGAUUGUACUCCUGAACAAUUUUUGCAACCAAUUAAAUUAUAUCAAUUAUUGAGAUUCUUAUUAUAUGAAGAAGAUUUUAAUAAUAUCAAUCAUAAUGAAAUGCAACUUGACAAAUUAUUCAACGAGGGAGGUGAGACCAGUCAAUUCCAAAGAGUUCUAUCUAAUCAAUUUGAUGCACAAAUUGAAAUCUUGAGGAAAGUCUUAGAUACUCAUUUUAGUACCAGAAUUGAUAUUUGCAGUGAUUAUAAUCGACAAUUAGCAGAAAUUGUUGAUUUUAAGAAAUUGAUUCUUUUCCAUGAUAAAUUUGAAGUCAAGAGGUUUUGUCAACAACUUGUUAAGAUUGGAACAUAUACUUCGAAAUUAAGUACAUUUGGUUUAACAAGUCUUGAAUUUUUAAUUGAUGAAGAUCAAAAUUUAAUAAAUAAAAUUAGAGAUCAACAACGUACAAAUGAUUCAGAAGAAUGUCCUUUUCUUCCAAUUGAUAAAGCAUUACCAUUCACUGCGAAUUCCAAACUGCUUGUCAUUGAUUCAUCCAAAUUUGAUAGCUCCAGAAGUGUAGAAGAAGAAGGUUAUUAUAUUCAAGAAGAUGAAAUUGAAGCAAUUCAUUGGGAAAAUGCUGUAUUUGAAAAGGUGAUUUAUGAUAUUGCUAGAGAAAUGAAUAUUCGACCAUAUCAGAAUCAUUAA